AAAACCCCGAGUACCGAUUUUUCCUCCUGCAACCCCGCGACCUCGAGACACAAGCUCGCCCACCAUGAACGGCGAAGACCCCCAGGAGCGGCCGGAGCAGAUCCGCAACAUCAUCAACGGGCUCGAGCGGUAUAACCCGCAGGCUGCCGAGGUUCUCGAGGCCUACCUCCAACAACAAUGUGAGGAGAAGUUCUGUGAUUGCAACGCCAAUCGGGCGCUGCUGAAGUUGUACCAGCUCAACCCGGACCGCAUCAAGGAUGAGGUGAUCACCAACAUCCUGGUCAAGGCUAUGACACAAUUCCCCUCUCCGCAAUUCGACCUCGCCCUACACCUUCUUUCCCCAUCGCACUCCAACCCGGGUCCCAACUCGACUUCGGACCUCGCCGAGGCCGUGUCGAAGCUGCGGGUGCUCAACUCGCAACUCGAGAGUGCCCAGUACGGGCGCUUCUGGGCAACGCUCGACAGCGAUGACAUCUACGCGGACUUGACGACGGACAUCGUCGGGUUCGAGGAGUUGAUCCGGUUGAGAAUCGCUCAGCUGGUCAGCCAGGCGUACCGAGAGGUCCAAGUGAGCGUGCUCGAGGGCUGGCUCGGACUUGACAGCGAGGAGGCGGUCAAGAAGUUCGUGGUAGAGACUUGCGGGUGGAAGGUCGGCGAGGAUGGGAUGGUGCAGAUUCCCAAGAACCCCGACAACGAGGCUAAGAAGACAGAGAUCCGCGAAGACGUCACGGUGGAUAUGUUCAGCCGCGUCAUCAAGCGGUCGUGGGAGGACAGCGCGUAGAACCCCUGUCCUCGGGCUGUGGAUCGGUUAUUUUCAUUCUGACGACGGAAACGGCGAGCCGCCCCUCUUUCAGCGGCAGUUUCUUCUUGCAUCUGGCGGCAAAAAGCUUCGGCGUUAAUGGGUUGCGGCGGCAUGGUCACGCCGCGGAUGGGCUGCAGGGGGUGUCUGUCUGGAUUACCAUGGGUUCUAUGCGUUUAGAUCAUAGCCUCAUUGCACGGUGCAGAUGCCAACACGACGACAUGACAUGACCUUCCUU